GCCAACGUGCCGAGCGGGAGCCGGAGCAGUGAGGUCGUCCCCAAACUCCAAAUGCUCCCGGGGGAAGUCCAAAUGGCGCCCUUCUCCACCUCGUCGAUGUAGCUGUCGGCUUGCUUGGGCUGGCUUCCCCUCGACCUCCAACUGGACGCCCAGCGGGCAGCAGGGACAAACAACAACUAUUCCAAUAAACCAACACGAAACCAAAACCUCCCACAUAAAUCGCCAUUUGGGCGGGCGCCUCCCCCGCGCGAGUGGUUGCCCGUGCCGGAGGCGGAGCCCCCAGCCGCAAUGCCGGACCUGGAUCCGUUGGCGGCGGCCGAGGAGGAGGAGUUUUACGAGUCGCUGGAUCGAAUCCUCUCCUCCUCCUGCUCCUCCACCUCCGCCUCCGACGACGACGCCGACCACCGCCGCCGCAGACGCCAACACCACCACCACCCUCCUCCGCCGCACGCGUCCUCCUCCGCGUACGACGUCUGGAUCUCCGAGCCCACCUCCGUCGAGGAGCGCCGCCGCCUCCUGCUCCAACGCCUCGGUCUAUCCUCCGAGCCCCUGCCGCCUCCUUCGCCCCGUCGCUCCCCUCGUUCGCUGUCCCCUUCCGUGUCUCCCCCGGCUUCGCCUCUGCCUCGGCCGGUGGUGGUGGAGGCGGCCGCGGAGGAGCCCAGAUCCGGCGGGCUUGGGAAGCCGCCACUGGCGCGGAACCCCAGCGCCGGCGGCGGGGAGCAAUGCCGGAUCCGGAACCUGGACGACGGCACGGAGUUCGAGGUCGGGGAGGUGCAUGAGGAGGUGGUACGGGAGGUGGGCACUGGCCGGCAGCUCACCCUCGAGGAGUUCGAGCUCUGCGUUGGUCGCUCCCCAAUCGUUCACGAGCUCAUGCGCCGGACGAUCACCACCACAUCAUCGUCCACCUCCGACCACGCCGCUCCUACGUCCAAGCCCCGGAGGAAGCCCGGAGGCUGGCUGCGCGGCAUCAGGUCCCUGGCGGGCAGCGUCGCAUACGGGCGCCGCAGCACCGAGGAUGGGGAUAAGGAGAAGGAGAAGAAGGAGAGGGAAGCGCGGCGCCUGAGCUCUGCGACCGAUGACAGCCUUGAUGGCACUGGCUCGCGCAAUGCGGGGAGGGUCCGGGUGCGGCAGUACGGGAAGGCAUGCAAGGAGCUCACCGGCCUGUUCUUGACGCAGGAAUUGGCUGCCCACUCGGGCUCUGUGUGGUGCAUCAACUUCAGCUUGGAUGGACGAUACCUAGCAACUUCUGGGGAGGACCGUGUGAUCCAUGUGUGGGAGGCGUCGGAGGGAGAGAGAAAGGGUGAAUUGCUCGGGGAAGCUUCGAUGACAAAGGAAAAUGGUAGUGGCUGCAGCCCGUUUUUUGCGGUUGUUGGGAAUGGGUCACCGGAGAUCGCAGCAUUGUCAUUGACCUGCGCUGACGGGAGCUAUGUGGAGAAGAAGAGGAGGCUGAGGAAGCAGAGCAAUCGGAAAUCUGUAGGAUCCGAUCAUCUAGUUGUGCCUGAGUGUGUGUUUGGCUUCAGGGAUAAGCCAGUCUGCUCGCUCCUGGGGCAUGCCGCUGAUGUUCUUGAUCUAUCAUGGUCCAAAUCUCAGUACUUGCUCUCAUCCUCAAUGGAUAAGACCGUUAAACUCUGGGAUAUUACUACCAGCACCUGUUUAAAAACAUUCUCACAUACAGACUAUGUGACUUGCAUCCAGUUCAAUCCUGUAGAUGAUAACUUUUUCAUUAGUGGAUCACUGGAUGAGAAAGUUCGCAUCUGGAAUGUCCAAGAUCGUAAGAUUGAGGACUGGAAUGAUCUUCAUGAGAUGGUUACCGCUGCUUGUUAUUCCCCUGAUGGACAGGUUGCACUGGUGGGCUCUCACAAGGGAAGCUGUCAUAUAUUUGAUACAUCUGAGAAGAAGCUUCAGUUCAAAAGUCAAGUUGAUUUGAGAAUCAGGAAAAAGAAGUCUGGCCAGAAGAAGGUAACUGGUUUCCAGUUUGCUCCUGGAAGCUCCUCGGAAGUUCUGAUUACUUCUGCUGAUUCAAGAAUCCGUGUUGUUAAUGGCGAUGAAUUGGUUCACAAAUUUAAAGGGUUCCGCAACACGAGCAGCCAAAUUUCAGCUUCUGUAGCUCCGAACGGGAAAUAUGUAGUCUGUGCCAGUGAGGACUCCCAUGUGUAUGUGUGGAGACAUGACAAUAGUUCCCACCCGAGCAGAAGCAGGAGUGCAGUUGAUGUGACCAACUCGUAUGAGCAUUUCCACUGCCAUGACGUGACUGUGGCUACCACAUGGCCCGGUGCCGAAGCCCGAGGUUCGUUUGGAUCUCGUAGCAGCAGACACAGUGAUUCAGAUGGAGCAGUGAACUAUGGCCGAGGCGUCCCUGUAGAAAACACUGAGCACAAUUCGGAUGCAGCUGAUAAUAGAUACAAUGAGAGCCCAGUUUGCGAAGGUAGCAGAAGCGUCAGCAAACAUCCAGUUGAUGGAGCAUCCACAUCCUGGCCUGACGAAAAAUUACCCUCUGCCAAGAGCAGUCCCGGUCACUGCUCAUCCGAUCUUUGCAUUGGAGCAAUGGAUGUUCAGCGCCGGUCAGCGUGGGGUUUGGUGAUUGUCACGGCUGGACGGGGAGGCGAAAUUAGGGUGUUCCAGAAUUUUGGCUUCCCAGUUCAAGUGUAAAGGUAGCGUGAGAUUGUGCAGAGUUUUUGUUUGGCUUCUUUACUGUUUAGAUAUCAGUCGUUCUUCAACAGUUCGCCUAGGCUUUUACUAAAAAAAAUAUUCUGUUUGAUUGUCUGGUUGGAUGCUUCAAGA